UCUCCCUCCCUGUCUCUCUCUCUCUCUCUCACACCGGUGACAGGGCAGGGGAGAGAGGUAGACUUUCAGUUCUAGCCUACAGACGCACAGUGAAACAGUAGACGUCCCCUUAUGCAUUUUUAACAGCUCAGCAGGUGAUGGGAACAGUUUGGAUAGGACAGUUUGUCCACAGAUAGAGUGACCCAAGUGCUCAGCUGUGAAUGACUUCCCUCGUCAUUUGCCUGGAAAAAAAAUGGACUCUAUCUCCCUUAUGAGCUACCAUCACGUUCUGCUCACCUUUGACACUUGCAUGUGAAAAACUGAGGUGCAAACCACCUGGCUUUCAUUUAUUUGGAAAGUCUAAGUGGUAAACACUUCUAAGGUGCACUGGUAACAUAGGAUGCCCGGAGCCAGUGGCGUCAACGUCGAGGGCUCUUGCGAGGCCUUGUGUCGAACCCUGGUAUCCCAGAAAGAGACGUCCGACAUCUCCCAGUCCGUCCUCUACACCUCACUGAUGGGCCUGCUGCUGGUCGCCGACAACGAGAAGGAGCCGCUCACCAUAGGAAGUGGAAGGUUUGGCCUUAGAAAUAUAGGAAACACAUGUUUCCUGAACGCAGUAGUCCAAUGUUUGUCUCACACACGUGGCCUACGGGACUACAGCCUCCUCAUGUCCUACAGGGAUGAGAAGUUCUCCAAAGAGGACGCUAAGCUCAUGGAAGCUUUCUGUCAGGUGCUAUCGGGCCUCUGGGAUGUAAACGAAGGGAACACAGUUGUAAACCCACAACGGUUUUACAAUAUCUUCAAAGAAGCUGUGCCUUACUUCAGUGGAUACAGUCAACAGGAUGCACAAGAGUUUCUCAGGUUCCUAUUGGACAAGCUGCACACAGAAAUCAACCGCAGACCCUACGUUCGACGAACGGGGAAGGAGCCUGAACAAAAAAUUGCCAGAUUUAGGAUUUCAGAAGAGGCAGCUGCCAUGUGGAAGAAGCACUUGGAGAGAGAUGACAGCAGGAUAGUAGACCUGUUCUCGGGCCAGCUGAGGAGCUCGCUGCACUGCUCGGUGUGCUCCCACUACUCCAACACAUUCGAUGUCUUCUGUGAUCUGUCGCUGCCCAUCCCCAAGAGGAGCUCCAACGGUGAGGUCACGCUGAAGGAGUGCCUGGACCUCUUCUCUCAGGAGGAGAAACUGGACAAGGAGAAUUCACCAAUGUGUGAGAGGUGUAACAGGCAUACAGAGUGCACCAAGCGGCUUUCCAUCCAGAGGUUUCCCCAGGUCAUUGUGAUCCAUCUGAACCGUUUUACGACGUCACGGUGGUCUAUCAGUAAAAGCACAGUGUAUGUGUCCUUCCCACUCACCAACCUGGACCUUGGACGCUAUGGACCUAUCGACAGUGCCCCAGUUCUGUAUGAUUUAUAUGCAAUAUGUAACCACGCUGGGACGGUGAACAUGGGCCACUACACAGCCUGCUGUUCAGACGAAAAUGGUUGGUGCUUCUACAACGACUCCAGUGUGACUCCAGUCUCAGAGAACCAGCUUCAGACCAAUCAAGCCUAUGUGCUGUUCUACCAGCGCAGCAACAGCACCACCACCGCCAGGAAAUAGACCCGAGACUGGCUGAGCCAAGCAGCCAAUCAGAGCAACUUUACCUCCAGUGUCCAUAGAAACAAAUAGAAGCAGCAGUGCUGUGACUCUGGCAUCUGUGAACAGCUCAAUCUCAAUGAGCAUUGCCCUCAAAUAAACUCUGAGGAGGAGGAGGAGAGAGAGGCCAUGCUCACUUUAAGGAGGGCUUGAAGAGGCAAUCUCCCCCUCCUGAAUCAUGGAGAUGCUUUUGAAGAGUCUCGGUGAGAAAGCUGAGACAGCUCAGACAGACUGCAGUGCAGCCUUAAGAGUCUCUGUGCCCUACUUCUCAGGCAGGAGUGAGCGGCAUAUUUGCACAUGAUGCAGAGCUCUUAAUGGAACAUAACUGUGAUUCAUGCUUGCGAUGCAACAUAAACCAUAAGAAACCAAGAUAAAUCUCGGGUGGAAUAGAAAUUAGGGCAACAUUCGAUUACUCAAUUGUGACAUAGGACUUUCAUUUUAAGCUACAGUUUUGUGAAAUGGUACAGUGCUUUAAUUGAAUAUGCAAAUAUCUGUAACCUAUGCUAUAUCUAUGCACACGGACGGUUAACUCUAAAACUUGAAAACAUUCAAAUAGCUAUAUUUUCCCUCUAACUGGAUUUUAAUUUCUAUGUAUAUAUUCGUAUGUAUAUAUAUAUAUUUUUUACAUUUGUGUCUACAAAUUACACAAUUGAAUGUAGCCUAUUGCAUAUUGAUAUAUGAAACUGUCAAUAAAAGACCA